GUUUGAUAUUGAAUCGAUGUUGAAAAAAAGCAAAUGAGAGAAUGGCUGUCAAUUUUGGAUACGGGAGUUAGAAGAGCUGAAGCCAUGGAGUCGACUAUAUAUUCUUUAAACUAUGUAGAUUUUCUUAUGACAUAAUAGACAUUAUCAACAUAAGAAAAUAUCACACAUUUAUGCCUAACAUAAAAGUGUCAAGUAAAUACAUUCCUAAUUGCAUACUUCCAUCUUUGUUGUAUAAUAUGUACAAUCCUUCGAUUCCUUCAAAAACUUAAUCUUAACAUGAUCAUAAAAUUCCAAACACUCAUCUCAAAUCGUUCUAACGUCACUUGGGAGUUUACUAACUCUUUAAAACACGUUCUCGAUUCAUGCAACCCACAUGUCGAAAGCAUGACAUGAAGAACUUUCAUAUGCUCAUCUUUCUUAUUCUUCUUCUUGCGACAUGCAUGGUCAAAGGUAGCACAAUCGGGAUCAAAGAGGCUAAAUAUGGAUCUGGUUGUUAUUCUGGUGAUUAUAACGAUAAGUUUCAAAUUUGUUGCAAACAAAAUUUCGUAGUUAAGAGUUGUUAUGCCAAAAUGGAAGAUUGUAAAAAAAAAUUGUCCAUACACUAA